GUCCCGCCAAGUUCAUUCGCCUAGCGCCCCAGCUCCGGGAAGGCUUUAGCUGGUGGAACCUUACCUGCCCCGCCUGCAAAGGACUGUUCACCGCCAUCGAUAUCAGGCUGCGGGUGAGCGCUUAAGGGACUGCGGGAGGUGCAGGCCAGAAGGGAGGGCUGGCGGUGGCGGCUGGGGCUGAGGCCGGCGCUCCGGGGUCCCCAAGAGCAUCGCUGAUGGAGAGGCUGUCCUCCACAAGCCUCUACUGAAUUUGCCCCCCUUUGGGGCCCCCCAGCCGCUGCACACCACCACCAUCACUACCUCCACUGUGACCUUCUGAAGUAAGAAAAGAGUGCGAGUUACAUGCUGGGCACCGUGCCAACCCUUUUACACAGGCUAAAUCUAGCCUGAAAGGUGGUUUCAUUACUGUGGUUAUCUCCGCUUUACAAAUGAAUAGAAGCCCCGGAGCUGAAGUCACUUGUAGGAGGGGCCGGCUUCUGCGAGGUGGGCUGGACUCCCACCCUGGCGUGCCUGACUGAAUCCCCUCCGCCUUACACCUGGCACCUCCGGCCCUGAGCACCGUGCCUGGGACCAGCUACUCACUCAAAGGGGACCUGAGUUAAGGAGUAUCCAGAGGUGUGGGACUAGUUGGGGCUGGGCUGCCUUGACUGACCCUGAUGGGGGUAUGAGGAGCGCUGGUUGGUGGGUGUGCUUCGUGGGGCUCCUCGGGGCAUCAGGGCCCUCUCCUCGUGUGUGUCCCCAAACCCUGGUCAGUCUGUCAUUCCGCCCAGCCCAAAUUCCAGGGCACUCAGCAGACAGUGCCCGAGAAAGCGAGCUGCGCAAGCAAAGGCUUGAAAUGCCACUGAGCUGAAAAAACGAGGCCAGCGUGGCCCAGGUGGGCUCCAUGGCCAUCAAGAUGUGCACGCUGCUGAAAAUAGCACCGCCGGCUGUGUGCCAGUCAGCCGUCCAGCUCUUUCAGGACGACAUGGUGGAGGUGUGGACGCGCUCGGUGCUGAGCCCGUCUGAGGCCUGUGGUCUGCUCCUGGGCUCCUCCUGUGGACACUGGGACAUCUUCUCAUCUUGGAACAUCUCUUUGCCGGCUGUGCCAAAGCCAUCGCCCCAGCCGCCCGAGCCCCCGGCCCCAGGCUCCCCUGUCAGCCGCGUCCUCUUCCUCACUGACCUGCACUGGGAUCAAAGCUACCUGGAGGGCACAGACCCCAACUGUGAGAACCCCCUGUGCUGCCGCCAGGAUUCUGGCCCGCCGCCUGCCUCCCGGCUGGGUGCUGGAUACUGGGGCGAGUACAGCAAGUGUGACCUGCCCCUGCGGACCCUGGAGAGCCUGUUGAGUGGCCUGGGCCCCGCCGGCCCUUUUGAUAUGGUGUACUGGACGGGCGAUAUCCCUGCCCACAACAUCUGGCAGCAGUCUCGUCAGGACCAGCUGCGGGCCCUGACCACCGUCACAGACCUCGUGAAGAAGUUCUUGGGGCCAGUGCCUGUGUACCCUGCUGUGGGCAACCACGAGAGCACACCCGUCAAUAGCUUCCCUCCCCCCUUCAUAGAGGGCAACCAGUCUUCGCACUGGCUCUACGAGGCGAUGGCCAAGGCCUGGGAGCCCUGGCUGCCUGCUGAAGCCCUUCGCACCCUCAGAAUUGGGGGGUUCUAUGCACUUUCCCCACGCCCCGGCCUCCGCCUCAUCUCUCUCAAUAUGAAUUUUUGUUCCCGUGAGAACUUCUGGCUCUUGAUCAACUCCACAGAUCCUGCUGGACAGCUCCAGUGGCUGGUGGGGGAGCUUCAGGCCGCUGAGGACCGAGGAGACAAAGUGCAUAUAAUUGGCCACAUUCCCCCAGGGCACUGCCUGAAGAGCUGGAGCUGGAAUUAUUACCGAAUUGUGGAGAGGUAUGAGAACACCUUGGCUGGUCAGUUCUUUGGCCACACCCACGUGGAUGAGUUUGAGAUCUUCUAUGAUGAGGAGACCCUAAGCCGGCCGCUAUCGGUUGCCUUCCUGGCGCCCAGUGCCACCACCUACAUCAGCCUCAAUCCUGGGUACCGUGUCUACCAAAUAGAUGGCAACUACUCCGGGAGCUCUCACCUGGUCCUGGACCACGAGACCUACAUCCUGAACCUGACGCAGGCGAAUGAGCCCGGAGCGACACCACACUGGCAGCUCCUCUAUAGGGCUCGGGAAACCUAUGGGCUGCCCAAUGUGCUGCCCGCCGCCUGGCACGACCUGGUGUACCGCAUGCGGAGUGACACGCAGCUUUUCCAGACCUUCUGGUUUCUCUACCAUAAGGGCCACCCGCCCUCUGAGCCCUGUGGCACACCCUGCCGCCUCGCCACUCUGUGCGCCCAGCUGUCCGCCCGGUCAGACAGCCCUGCCCUGUGUCGCCACCUGAUGCCGGACGCAAACCUCCCUCCUGUCCAGAGCCUGCGGCCAAGGCCACCAUUAUGCUAACACCCCUAGGGCCCAGAGGUGGGAAAGUGCUUGUCUUAGACAAGGAGCGAAAACCCCAGAAGGCCACUGUGGCGAGAAGAAUGUCUGGUGGAAGAGCUUAUCCCUGGGCCCAAGCACACCUCGGAAACAAGACCUCCUUUCCUGGAUCUGGUUUAGCAAGAUAUGGGAGUGGGGCUGGCUGCUCUGAGGCCACUAUCCUUUCAUGGCUGUGGAGCAGAGGUCUAAGUUUGCACUGCCCUGGGAAGACCAGACAGAAGCUGUCACCCCAGGCCUGUGCUGGCCAGCCAGGGACCCUGUACUGCUGCUGCUGCCUGGUUGCCAGGCUGUUAAAAUAAAAACAAGAGACUCGGACUCCA